UGGAUUCCCUUCCAUUCCAAGAUUUCCCAGUAUUAUUCCCAAAUAUUAGAAUAAAUAGAAAGUAGUUUUGUUAUAAAGUAACAAAAGUGAGAUUUUGAAUUAAAUGCAUGCAUGUAUAUUUUAUUUUAUACACUGUAUUUCGUUUACAUAAGUUACCUUUAAACACUGCUAAAAAUGGAUGAAAUCUCGCAAAAUAUCAACAACUUUGAAUCCUUACUCAAGAACCGCUUAAGUAAUAAGCCCCUAGCACUGUACGCUGGCAGUGAACACAAAAAUACGACUGAAACUAGUAAACUAUGUGCCGAAGAAGUAUUAGCGAAUGUAACAAGACAGGUAAAACUUAUACAGAAUGCCGACACAGCGGGCUGCAGGCGAGUUGGAAAUACACUUAAUAAGUACAAGAAGAGAGAGUUCCUGCCUCUUAACAAGUUACCUGUUUACUCUGAGGUACCUCAAAAACUUCCUACAAGAUUUGAAACACAAUGUGUCUCUGACACGCAACUAAUCAAUGUUGUAGAAAAUGCUGAAAUCGUUGACAAACAUAGAGGUGUUACUCAGGAAUUUGACAAAACAUUUUGUCAAAAAAGUGACAAUGAUACUGAUGAUGGCAGCUUAAAAUCGAAAACAAUAAUAGAUGCAGAAAAAUGUGGAACCGAAAUUAAUAUUAGUAAAGACAAAAGUGAUGUUACUAACAAACUUUGUGGGUUAAAUACUCAAGAUAGUAAAAUAUUUAAGGGUUCUGAUCUUACUUGUGCCAUGGACACUGUAACAUGUUGCGAAAAUGAUGCGCCAAUUGAUUUCAAUGAUGAUGUUAACUUAAACACAAGUCAAGAGACCCAAGGCUUCAAUAAAUGUGUAGAAAUUUUUGAUGUCUCUGAAGAAGAUACAGAAAGGUCUGCAAGUCCUGUACUAAAUACUAUUAAAAGAAGUGCUACACCACCAUUAGUUGUGGAUUUGUAUACAUUUGAAAAAUUUGAAGAUUUAGCCCUCCCCAUUAUAGAAGAGCAUGGAGACCUUAAUUUUGCUAAAUAUAUGAUCAAUUCUCAAAUUAUAGGCAGAGAAAUAUCUAUACCAAAUCGUUUUAACGAACAAGUUGGUAGAGAUAGUCCAGUUUUAAGUAAAAUUGAAUGUAUAACUACGAAUAUUAAUAAAGAAGAUGUUGAAAAUAUAUGUACAUGUAGCAAUAAAUGUGUAGAUAAAGAUGUACAGUAUAAGAAUGAAUCAAAUGAUGAAGAUAUUAAUUUGGGUAGUGGCAACAGGAAAACAGAAAUUAAGGAUGAAAUCCUAUUUAGUAGUGAUGAGGAAUAUGAAUAUCUACACAAAAAUGUGCAAGAAUUGCCAUUAACAUGUGCUUUGGAAACAUCUUUUUAUGAUAGAUCAGAUGUAUUAGAUAAAACUAUGUAUGUAGGAUUUCAAACUGCUAGCAACAAGUCUAUUCAAAUAAAAACAGAUUCGUUUACAAAUGCCAAAAGCAUAUUAAGUGAUAUUGAUAAUGAAGAAACAGGAAAAUCGCUUAGUGAUUUAGUAGAAAUAUUUGCUACUGGUAAAGCUGUAAGCGCAAAUAAAGAAUAUAAUACGUUAAAUAGUAAUAAGCUAGAACAUGAUGCUUACAAAGUCGAAAAAGAUGAAAAUAAAGAUUUAACAGCGCCAUCUUCAAGUGCCAAUGAUUUUAAGAAAAGCAGUGACGACACACACACUUUUUUAACUUUUGUACGAGACGACGAAGUUAAAGAUGAUAUUGUUAUGAGUCAAAUUAUAUGUUGCAAAAAUAUAUCGAGAUGUGAUAAACUAAAUAACAGUGUUAUUUCUGAUAGGAGAAAAAGUGACACAAUGAGUUCAUCCCCAUUAGAACCAAAUAAAGAAAUUGAUGACGAUAUUGUCAUGAGUCAAGUUAUACAAUUUAAAAGUAUAUCGAGAACACCUAACAUACAUAAUUUUAAUACUGCAAGUAUUAGUCAAGAAUCUUUACUUCCAAAUGCAGGUAUUGCAAAACGAAAAUUGGAAGGUUUUAAAACAGCCAGUAAUAAAAAGAUCAAACUAUCAGAUAAAGCAUUAGCUCGAUGUAAAAAAGUAUUUCAAGAUAUUGAUUUAGGAGAUUCUGAAUAUUUAAGCUCUAAAUCCGACAUUGUCGAAACAGAAGAGAAUUUUCUUGAUGAUCUCAAAUCUCAGGAUUUUAAUGUUUCCUAUGAUGAUGGCUUGAAAACAAAUUCUGAAAUAGAUCCAACAAGAGCAGGACAUUUAUGUGAAAACGUAUCUAAUGUAGCUAGUACAAAAAUAAAUACAAACGUAAAUAAUGGUGAUUCUGACAUAGACUUAAGAAAUAAAGAAGAACAGCUUAGAAUUAAGGAUGCGGAUUUGCAAAUAAACGAUAAAAUUAUAUUACAAGAAUUUGAAGACAACGAAAUGCCUUUUAAACAAACUAAUAACAACGCCUUCGUAGGUUUUAAAACUGCUAGUAAUAACAACAUCGAUGUUUCUGUUGACGCUGUGGCAAAAACUAAACAUAUAUUUCAAGAUAUUAUAACUAUCCCUACAGCAAAUGAUUGUGACAGUGAAAGCAAUAUAAUUGAUGAUAGUGAUAAAAACGAGCACGUAUUCAAAAAGCCUGCAGAUUUACACACAUUUACUACAAAACAAACAAAAUCAUCGAUGUACACUUUAGACAAACUCAAAAAUAACGAUCGUGAAAGAUGUAACAGUGAAAAGCUCAUUGGUUUUAAAACAGCUUCCAAUAAAGAAAUAAAUGUAUCAGAACAAGCUAUGGAACAAACUAAAGACAUCUUUAAAGAUAUUGAUGAAGAAGUAAUAAGAAGUAUCGAUAAUAUAGACAAAAUUAAUUUAAACACCGAGAAGAAACCUAUUGAUAAAGACGAUUUUAAUUGCGGAUUAGACACGCAAGAUUUUCUGACAGACGAAUUGACUCGUAUUGAAGAUUUAUUCAAAGAAAAUAUUAUGGAAAACCAAACAUCUAUUAGUCCUACAUUCCGAGGCUUUCAGACAGCAAAUCACAAACCUAUACAUAUUUCCGAGAAAGCUUUAGAAAAUAGCAAAAAACUAUUAGAAGAUAUCACUAAAACCGGAAUAAAUAUUAAAUAUCAUUCAAUAGAAAACAAAGUUGAUAUUGACCACAAUGCAAUCGAGAAAAGCAUAUUUACGUCUAUUGAUAAUGCGAACAAUGAUACAGAUAAAUUCGAUUGUACAAAAAGCAAAGUACCAAGUUUUACAGGCUUUCUUACUGCCAGUAACAAAAAAGUCGUUGUAUCGAAUAAAGCAAUAGAAGCCAGUAGAACAUUAUUUCAAGAUAUAGUAUUGUCUCAACAGGAAAACUUAGGACAAAACGAAGAAGCAACAGAGAUUGAUGUUUCAGAAGUUACCAAGAAUAAAAUUAGAAAUUCGGAAUCAAAAAUACCAGAAUCUGAUAGUAAAGCAAUUCAAAUAUCAGAAACAGCUUUACAGAACCGAACAAAAUUUCCUGAUGGUUCAACAGACAUUCAUACAGAACCUCCUGCUUUUGUAGGAUUUCGAACAGCUAGUGCUAAACCUAUACACAUAUCUGCUAAUGCUAUGGAGAAAACGAAAAGGUUACUCAAUGAAUUUGACGAUGGUGACAUAUUGUUCAAAAAAGUCUACGGGCAAACAGAUGCAUCCAGUAUAACUGUUGGUUUCCAAACUGCAAGUCAUAAAGAAGUCAAAAUUUCAAAAGAAGCUUUGGCUAAAAGUAAACAAAUGUUAAACGACGUUAAAUUGAGAGCCAACUUUAAUAAUGACAAUGACAUUCACGAUGAAAAUAUAGCUGAAAACUCUGUAAAUACUAAGGCCAAAAAAAAUGAACAAGGAAAUGACAUAACUGACGAUCCUUACCAAAAUUCGACUAGUAAAUUUAUUGGUUUUCAAACAGCAAGUAAUAAAGAAGUCAAAAUUUCAAAAGAAGCUUUAGCUAGAAGCAAACUAAUGUUUCAAGAUGUUGGUCUUGAUGCUAAAGAAUGUGACAUUGUUGAAAAAUAUUCUCGACACGAAGAAAACAACAGUCUAGUACCCCAAAGCUUUAAAAGGGCUAGCAACAAGAUAAAAAGUAUUUCAGAAAAGGCAUUGGAAAAAAGCAAAGAACUUAUCCACGAUAUGAAUAAUGAUUUAACUAAAACUAACACAGAUGCUCUAGUUUUCAAAGGAUUUCAAACCGCGAGUAAUAAGAAAGUAGAAAUAUCAGAAAGAGCGCUAGCGAAAAGUAAAAAAUUGUUUGAAGAUCUAAAUUUGAGUCAGCUAGACAAAGAUCCAAAAUCAAAUUUAGAUAUACAUAAAUAUGAUAAAAAUUGUGGUGGAUUUCAGACAGGUCACAAGUUAAUCGAAAUAUCGGGACAAAAGUCAGUGAAAUAUAAAAAUGUAUUUAAGAAUGCACAUGAUGAACAUCAAGACGAUAGUCUUACAACUGACAAAUUCCAAGCGUUUAAAGGGUUCCAAAGCGCAAGUAAAAAGAAGGUAUCAAUAUCAGAAGUCUCUCUAGCGAAAAGCAAAAGAUUGUUUGAAGAUAUGAAUCUCAGUCAGGUGGAUAAAGAUGUAAAAAUAAUCGAAGCUAUACAUGAAAACAAUUUUGUAGGUUUUGAGACAGCUAACAACAAAAGAGUAAAAGUAUCAGAACAAGCAUUAGCAAAAACUAAAAAUAUAUUUAAAGAUAAAGAGAAAGAAAAUCUAACGAAAGAUACUACUCCAGUUUUUAAAGGGUUUCAAACAGCAAGUAAUAAAAAAGUGGAAAUACCAGAAAAAGCGCUAGCUACAAGUAAAAAGCUUUUUGAAGAUAUGCAUUUAAGUCAGGUGGAUAAAGAUUCAAAAAUGACAGCAACUGAGAACAUUGUUGAAGGCUUUCAAACAUCUAGUCACAAAAAAGUCACAAUACCAGCUCAAGCAUUAGCAAAAACCAAGGAAAUAUUAGGAGAAAUAAAUGUAGAAAACGAUAAUGAUAGUACUGAUGCAACUAAAAAUGUAAAAUAUGAAGACGCCGUGUUUAAGGGGUUUCAAACUGCAAGUAAUAAGAAAGUGGUUAUAUCAGAAAAUGCGCUGUCUAAAUGUAAACAGCUGUUUGAAGACAUGAAUUUAAGUCAGCUUAAUAGCAAUCCAAAAACUACAAUAGAUUCAUAUGAAUCUAAUGAAGUAAAUGAACCAAUUAAUAAUCGUAAAAAUAAUUUCGGUAACCUUCAAACUGCUAGUGAUAAGAGAGUCGAAGUGUCUGAACAAGGUGUGGUGAAAAGUAAAAAUGUAUUCAAAGAUAUACACGUACAAAAUGAAAACAAUGUACAAUAUAAUCAAGAAAUUAGGACUCCAGAAAACAAAAUGUAUUCCUCAACAAAGAAAGAUGUUAACAAUGAUGUACUAGACACACAAGUAUUAAAUAAUUUUCAAGAAACCUUGAAUACAGAAGAUUUUUGCAAAAGCACACCAAUGUCUAAAAGAUCUGGAAGUCCUAUUCUUUCUUGUCCCAGAGCUAAGAAAAGAAAAUUUGAAACGCCUUAUAGAACAAGUAAGAAAAUCGAACCAAUAAAUCCUUUUGUACCACCAAAGUUAGCUAAAACAUAUAAUUUUAAUGACAAUUAUAAGAAAGACAAGAAAUACACAUUGAGAGAUAUAGAAAACAUUGAAAAUAAACAUACAAAAUCAAAGAUAGAUCCAUAUAUAGGAGAAUUUAACUUUGAUAAUUUACUUAAUUUUACAUUUAAAGAUAGAAGAAAUGACUAUACUUCUGAAAAAAUGACUACAGAAGGCCUUAAAAGGAUCUUUCUUGGUUUAGUAAAUAAGAAAAUUGUACCCGAGGGCUGGUUAGAUAAUCAUAUAUUAUUGAUUAUAUGGAAACUGCUUUCAUAUGAAGUAAAAUUUCCAAAUGUAAUGGAAAACACGUGUACGGUAAAAAAUGUUUUAGAACAGUUAAAAUACAGAUAUGAUAGGGAAUUAUAUCAUGUGCAAAGGCCAAUUUUGAGAAAGAUUUUGGAGAAAGAUGAGGUGGCUUCUAAAACUAUGGUGCUGUGUGUUGCUGCUAUAUAUGUGGACAACGUCAGUGUUGCCAGCGUAAACCCAACAUCACAGAAUGUGGAAUUACUUCUCACUGACGGAUGGUACUGUGUCAAGGCCUGCUUGGAUCGUAUGUUGGUGAGACUGGUGACCACUGAAGCUAUUGCUGUGGGCACUAAGAUAGCAGUGUGUGGCGCUGAGUUAAUGAACUGCGAACAAGGCGUAGCACCCUGGGAGGACACAUCAUCGGUUCGUCUAAAACUCCACGGGAACAGCACUCGCCGAGCCCGCUGGUUUACCCGCCUGGGUCCCCGCACGGACCUCAUCCAGUGUCCCAUAGGUUCAGCUAAAGCGGAUGGGGGUAAAAUGGCCGCCACAAGAGUGGUGGUGACGAGGGUGUAUCCUCCGUUGUACGUCGAGAAAAUGGAAGAUGGGAGCACGGUAACACUAUCAGAGAGAUUAGAACAAAUUCGUCAAAUGAAAUACGAGUCAGAGCGGCAAAUUCUUAUGGAGAAACUAUAUGAAGAAGUGGAGAAGGAGAUGUCUGAUCAGGACUCUCAAGACUCUGAAGGGUAUUCGAACGAAAAAUGUAUGGAUAGCGGCUCGCAAAUAUCCAGAAAUAUGAAGAAAACCAAUGACCCUGACGAAUAUAGAUCUCACCUAACGAAAUCUCAGAACCGCCUGCUAGAAGACCACGACGCGAGACAGAGAGAGAAGCUAAUAGAGCGAGUGAGAGGGAAGUUCGAACUAAAGUUACAGAAGAAUGGCUUGAAUUCUGACAGAAAUGUGGUGCCGCUGCUGAAAGUGAGAGUUGCCGGUGCGAUGGAAAAAGCGGGGAAAGUAGAAACAAGCAAAGGCUACUUGUCUCUUUGGAACCCAUCAGCUGCCGUCUUAGAGCUGGUGACUGAGGGCGCCUGGAUCGAGAUCCUCAACGUGAUCCCUACUGGGAUAAGGAAUUCAGAAAUUCUGCUUUCAGCGGGCAGACAAACAGUAUUCAACCCAUGCAAGCAAACAAACGACAAAUUAAAACAAUACACAAAUACAUUGCAGCGAAAGUGCUAUGAAAUCAAAGAAAUAACCCAAAAUCCUUCAAUGGCCACAGAUAAUAACGAAAUAGACAUCGUUGGCAUGAUAUUCUGCAUAGAACCAUCGAGAAAAGACUUUAAAGAGCAAAGCUUCCAAAAUGUCUACCUCGCGGAUGCCGACAAGAAUAUUAUCUGUGUCAAUUUCUGGGGCGGAUUAAAAAAAUUCGGUUUCGAAAAUGUUUUAGAUACAGGACAGAUUAUAACUUGCGUCAAUUUACAGAAAAGAGCUGGCAACACCAGGAAAAGUAUACCGCAGUAUAGAGUGACAGAGUUUAGCUAUUUCACAAAAACGCCUAAGAGCAAAAAGGCAUUGGAUAUCACGAAUGAACUGACAAACAAACUGUCAAAAGUUAAAGACAAAUUCUGUGAAGAUUGUCUUGUCUUAAAAAAUAAUUAUUCCAUUUUCAAAACGAGAGACAGUGAAAAUGUCACUCCAUAUAGAUUUGGCUAUAACUUACCUAAAAAUAUGGUGUCUCCGUUGAAAAAUUGUGAUACAAAUUUGAAUCUUACCGGCUUGGAUUUUGAGUCCAGUUUCAAUUCGCAAGAAAUUUCUCCACUGCUGUUGCUUAGGAAAAAGAAAGUCAACGAGAAAAUUGAAAAAAUAAGAUUGAACUACGGCGAACCGCCUCCUUUGAGCUCUAUACAUAUUAUAAACAAAACGAAAAACACCUCUGCGACGUACAAAAGUCCGUUAAUUUCAAAUUUGGAACGUUCAAAAAUGGCGGAAAGCCCCGGCUUACAAAAUGUUGCCAGUCCAGUGACAAUGAACAGAACUUUUCUGAAAAAUAUGAAUCCUGUUAAAUUGAAUUUUUCUAGUGAAAAUUUGGACAACAGUGUCGACCAUUUCGCAGAAGAUUUCGACGCUAGUCCGCCAUUGAGCCUGGAUUCUGAUAUUUUAAAUUAAUUUUAUUUUUAUAAAUAAUGUAAAACUGAAGUUAAAAAUCAUGCCGCAGAGGUAGCUACUGCUUAUGGCACCACAAGAGCCCCCUGUUUAUUGGCGCGAAAUGUAAAUGUCUAGUUUAAGUUUCUAAUUGCCGCCACAAGAUGACAGAACCUACAACGCGCAAGGUAAUAUGCGUGAACUGUAGGGGGCAGCACCUGCUGCAACGUAAAGGGUCAAUGUCAAGUUUAAGUUUCCAGUUUAGGCCACAAGAUGGAUACUCCUACGCGCACGGUCCCAUAAACAUUUGACAGGUUGUCUUAAACAUUAUUUAAUUUAAAAAAAUGUGUUUAGUUUGAGACAAACAGGAAAUUUGGCGUUGUUUUUACUCUUACUACUCAAUAUUAUGGCUUGAUAACUGGCGCCUCUAUGAUGAGAUUUUUUUCUUGUGACAUCUCAGUUGUAAAGAUUAUUUAAUUUAUAAAAAAAAUGUGAUAAAAAAAUAUCAGAGUGCCUAUACUCAAUACUACAUUGUAAGUAUUGAGUCGUUUUGUAAGUAAUUAUAGGUUAUAUUUAAAAUUUAUAAAAAGUAGAUUAUAAUGGUAUUGAGAUUUUGAGAUUUUAUGUGAAAGUGCCUUCAAGUUACCAAUAUUCACUAUUUCUUUUGUUAUCAAAACUGUUUCUAUUGCGUCAAAUGUUAUUAAAGUAUGUUAUUGUUGAA